GUGAAACUUGAAUGUGACAAUUGAGAUGAUGUUUAUAUUUGUCCAGCGACGGGACAUUGAAAUCUUAUAUGAACCUUGACGUUUCCAAUGUUUCGUUGAACGACGGGAGUCGUGCGCACAACCUGUGUACAUAAGAUGCACUGCUUAGGUACAGUUUGAAGGCGAGUGAACGUAUAGCCCACUACCCCCGGGGAUGAGCACAAAUAUUGAUUUCACAAGCGGACAAGCUAGACAUGUGGCAAAUGAGUGAACGCAACGUCCAAGAAAGGUUUACAAAUCUUACACAAAACGACGAUUACUGGUCGUACAAAACGUUGAAGGAGGGAAAUUGAAAUGCGUGUUUACGGCUCUACCACUGCGUCAUUUUACACAUAUUUAUUAUUGAUCCUGGCUCGGACCGAAACCUCGCAGGACAUACUUGGAAAGCAUUAUGACGUUCAGCGACAGAAAACUGAUAAGACAACUCCGUCGUAUUCAAAAACUGUUCAACUCUAUUCAAAAGCCAGUUCGAAAUAUGUACAAGUAUUAGGAAGAACGGUGAAUGCAAGCGCUGAUGCAAAAAGUGAUGCUGCGAAGCUAAUUGUUGAAAGUGACACGUUUGGAAAAGUUCGUAUUCGACAUUACAAAAGCAAUUAUUACAUUUGUUUAAAUGUAAAAGGGGAAACUGCUGGAUUGGCAGAAAAGAAAGGAAAACAUGUAAGACGAUGUGUUUUUAGGCCGAGGUUCAGAGAAGACGGAUACAUACAGUUUAUAUCAGAUAAAUACGGACGAAAGAAGAAUGUAUCGCGCUAUUUAGCGUUCAGAGGUGGGGGAGAACCAAAGGUCUUUUCAAAAGUCUUUGGCGAAAACCAGCACGCGACAAAAUUUCUCAUGUACAUGCUUAAGUCGAAAAAAAGACACGUAAAGCGUAAUAUACGAAGACAUUUAAUGAAACAUGAGUUUCCACUCGAAGCUAAAAAAAGACGUAAAGACAGACGGAAUGGAAAGAUUUGCAAGCGAUACAUAAAGUGCAUGCGGCAAAAAAAUUGGAGAAAUUUGAGACGUGGAGAAAUUAUAAAGUUGAUAAGCAGAUGUAGACGACUGCUUAGACGGAAGAACUGCAGGUGUAAAUGUGCAGAAGAAUAGUGUCCAGUCCUCUACAAGAGAAAUGAAUAUUUCAGAGAGUAUGAUCGCUGUCCACACGAUCGUAUUCCUGUUUCGUAGCCGGCAAAGCUCAAUAUCAAAAAGGCCGAUUUAUGACUGCCUGUUGCUCGAAAAAUGUUUUACUGACUUGUUUGAUAUAAACUGAAUUACACUGGCUGAAUAACUGGGUUCAGUAUGGAAAUGUUGAGGAAAGGGAAACGUAGAAUAAAUCAAAAUACUUCAAAAACGGCUUAAUUCCUAAGAAGCACGAUGAAAACAAGUUCAGUUUAUACCAGACAAGCGAUAAAAUACGAGAUAAGUUCAGUGUAUAACCUGGGAGGGUGGUUAACGCUACGGAUAUAUUUUGUGCCAUAGAGAGAUGUACUUAUUCUUUAAAACAUUUAUCGUAUAUAAAAAUGCGAAUAUACAAGAGUUCUGUAAAUACUAGCAGUAAUAUAAACGGUAUUUUAGAGAACAUAUUCAAACAUAUAAAUCAGCGAACAUAAAGCGAUGGGAACUGAUCCUUUCAAAAACGUCACAUUGAGCUUCCUAUUUUCAAACCUUCGUCUUCAAAAUUUCUUCAAUUCAUUUUCUCUGCUCAAUCCGUAUACAAAUGAAUCUUAUCCAGAGUCACGAUAUUUCUAUUCCAACAGUUCAGAACCCUGAGGUUGUAAUGUACCAAGGAUGAAUACCAAAAGGUUAUAUCUUACUGCGAGUAUCUUUGUUGAUCAUUUUUCACUUGUGAACCAACCAACUUCUAUUCCUAAGGCUGACUUUCACUGCCUGCAUCUGCUCUCAAUAAUAUUCUUGGACACCAUGAAAGUAAUUUCUGCCCCAUCAGGCACAAUGAACGGUUGAAAGUUAUCCCAGUGAAGCAAACGAGAGAAUGGUGUUUAGAGUUAAUAAGUACCUAACUUGCAGUUUGUUUAGGUUGGAGUUCCAAAAUCUGACUGUGUGCGCCGCGGUAUUUCUCUCUGAUCAAUGAUAUAACAAGAUUGAUCGCUUUUUGAGUAUCGCUAUCAAAACAAUAUUUACAAGUUGAGAUACCUGCAAACGAAUGAAUGAAGAAAUCAUUCUGACAAGAUUUAUAUCAAUAUAUACGAUUAUAGUUCGGGGUAUCUUCACUUAGGCACAAGAAUACGUACAAAUUAAAUAGGCUUUGCAUGCCAAAUGAAUACAGAACAUACAUAGAGUAAAAAAAUAUAAACAAGACAUAACAAA